UGAUUUGAUGUUUGAUCCGGAGCACGUAAGAAAUCCAAAAUGCUCGAACCUGGUGAUGUACAGCUUUCUUGCGCAAUGUAUAUACUUUUUUUGGGGGGGGGUGUCUUGCCAAUAGGUAGCCUCGGAACUCGUUUCCAGAAUAAAAGCUCCACCUAAGACUUGAAGAGGCAUUUUCCAAGGGGACUCACUAUCCCCUCUGUUGUUUGUAAUCGCCAUGACCCCACUUUCACAAAUACUAAACAAAACAGGCCUCGGAUACCAAACAUCUAAAACAUCAAGUAAAAUCAACCAUCUGCUGUACAUGGACGAUCUGAAGUUGUAUGGCAAGUCCCAGUCAGAAAUCGAAUCACUGCUAAACACUGUCUGUAUAUUCAGUAGCGAUAUAGCAAUGGAGUUUGGACUAGACAAGUGUGCUGCAUUAAUAAAGAACAGAGGGAAAAUAACAAAAACAGAAGGAAUAGAACUGCCCAAUGGAAGCAAGAUCAAGAAUUUGGAAGAGAAAGAACCUUACAAAUACUUGGGCAUUCUCCAGGCUGAUAACAUCGCACACACUGAAGUUAAAAGAAAAAUUGGAAGUGAAUACAUCAGGAGAGUUAGAAAAAUCCUCAAGUCCAAACUCAAUGGCGGGAACACCAUACAAGCCAUAAACACCUGGGCUAUACCUGUUAUCAGAUACACUGCAGGAAUAAUAGACUGGACCCAGGCAGAGCUAGAGACUCUAGAUCGUAAGACCAGGAAAAUCAUGACCAUCAAUCAUGCUCUGCACCCCCGCAGUGAUGUAGAUAGGCUAUACCUCCCUCGCAGCUCAGGUGGAAGAGGAAUGCUGCAAGUCCAUCAAACAGUAGAGGAGGAGAAAAGAGGCCUUGAAGAAUAUAUCAAGGACAGUGAAGAAGAUGCACUUCAAAUGGUCAAUAAUGCGAAACUAUUCAACACCAAUGAAACAAAGCAGGCCUACAAGAAAGAACAAGUCAAGAACCGAGCAGAAAAAUGGAAAAAUAAGCCCCUGCAUGGUCAAUAUUUGCACAAUAUAAGUGGAAAAUCAGACAUCACCAAGACCUGGCAAUGGCUUAAGAAUGGCAACUUGAAGAAAGAAACAAACAGAGGGUUUAAUACUGGCUGCACAAGAACAGGCACUAAGAACAAAUGCAAUAAGAGCAAAAGUUGAAAAAUCCACCACAAACAGCAAGUGCCGCCUUUGUAAAGAAGCAGAUGAAACAGUGGACCACCUAAUCAGCUGUCGUCCAAAGAUCGCACAGACUGACUACAAACAAAGGCAUGACAAGGUAGCAGGGAUGAUACACUGGAACAUCUGCAAAAAAUACUAGCUACCUGUAGCCAAACAUUGGUGGGACCAUAAAAUUGAAAAAGUUGAAGAAAAUGAAGAUGUAAAAAUAUUAUGGGACUUCGGACUACAAAAAGACAAACAUCUGCCACCCAAUGCACCAGAUAUAACUGUAGUUGAGAAGAAAGAAAAACAAGUGAAAAUAAUCGACAUAGCAAUACCAGGGGAUAGCAGAAUAGAAGAAAAAGAAAUAGAAAAAAUCACCAAAUACAAAGAUCUACAAAUUGAAAUUGAACGGCUGUGGCAGAAAAAGACCAAAAUCAUCCCAGUGGUAAUUGGCGCCCUGGGUGCAGUUCCAAAAGACCUUGAAGAGCACCUCAACACCAUAGGGGCCACAGAAAUCACUAUCAGCCAAUUACAAAAAGCAGAUUCACUGGGAACAGCCUAUAUUCUGCGACGAUAUCUAUAACAACAGCAACAACAUUGACAAUAAAAUUCUGGCAUCCCAGGUCCUUGGGAAGGACUAGAUGUCUGGAUAAAACAAACCAGUCAAUAACACCUGUCUGACUGUGUAAACAAGAAAUAAUAAAUAAUGAAAAGUAACCUUAUAUUGUAAACCUUUUUGUCUUGCCUUCUUCGAAUAGUACUAGUAGUAUUCACCGUAUUCAUAUUCCCAAUCCUAGUUUAGCUUGUGGACUACUAUAUGAAGGACUGUGUAACAUUCCCUUUGCAGGAGCUAUUGCCAAUUCCCUCAGGCCUCCAAAGAUUUUCACGUAGGUCUAAUAUCCACAGACCUAUAUGUCAUUUCCUUUGUAGAUUCAGUACCUGAGUAAACAAGAUGAGUAUCCCUUUUGGGGGGUUGAAACCAUCCACAUCCGUGUCUCCUGAACUUCAUCCCAGCAUGUGGUUUGCAAGAAGUUGCUUGCAAGAGGCCAUUGCCCAGCUGAGCAACUUCUCUCACUUCAGCAGCGUGCAGUUAUUAGCAUAGCACUUUGUAGUCAAAGGCAUUGAGAGCCUACCAUGAUAAAUCUAGGAAAUGGCUGCAAAAAUAAAGUUCAUUGAUGCAGUUGGUCCAGCAACCUGCUUGGCAACCCUCUUGGAAUCAAGACACAUUUUUAACACUAACAGCUGGCUGGUAUUUUUAAAGCUUUUCUUAACACUAACGUGACAAUUAUAGGAUUUGUUUGGUUAAAAAAAUGUAUGCCUUAUUUUAUAUUAGAGAAACAAUUGGUUUAACUAUUAAACCACCUUUUUUGCAUUAA